CGUAUUUGCAACGACAAAAUAAGCUUCACGAAAACAAGGCACUGUGUUCGAAAAAACCAAGAAACCCAGAAAAAGCUGCGAAAGAAGAGUCCAUCUGUGCAGCAAAAAUCACAAACAUCUGGGUUUUGCUUGCCGUGAAGUAAGAAGAUGUGGAUUUUUGGGUGGACAGGAGCAUCUGGGUUUUCAGCACGUUCAACUGCUGAACAAGUUACUAAUGGAAUCGAUGCAACUGGGCUCACUGCUGUCGUCACAGGAGCAUCAAGUGGAAUUGGGGUGGAGACAGCAAGAGUCCUUGCUAUGCGCGGUGCUCAUGUGGUCAUGGCAGUAAGAAAUGUUGAUACUGGGAAGAGUGUUAAAGAAGCAAUCCUCAAGGAAAUCCCUACUGCUAAGGUUGAUGUUAUGCAGCUGGAUCUCAGUUCCAUGGCAUCAGUCAAGAAAUUCGCUUCGGAAUACAUUUCUUCAGGCCUUCCACUGAACCUGUUGAUUAACAAUGCAGGCAUUAUGAUGUGCCCUUACAUGCUCUCCACGGACAACAUUGAGAUGCAGUUUGCUACCAACCAUGUCGGACAUUUUCUGUUGACACAUCUUUUGUUGGAAACAAUGAAAUCCACGGCUCGUGAAAGUAACCAGGAAGGAAGAAUUGUUAAUCUAUCAUCAGAAGGUCAUCGGUUUGCUUACAAGGAAGGGAUUCGUUUCGACAAGAUCAACAAUGAAGCAGAGUACAAUAACAUCCGUGCUUAUGGGCAGUCAAAGCUGGCUAACAUUCUUCAUGCUAAUGAGCUUGCUAGGCGGCUCAAGGAAGAGGGAAUCAACAUAACUGCGAAUUCACUUCACCCUGGAGCCAUCGCUACAAACCUUCUUCGCCAUUCCAGUUUUCUUGAGGCUAUUACAAAUGUCGUUGGUAAAUAUGUGCUAAAAAAUGUUCCACAGGGAGCUGCAACUACAUGCUAUGUGGCACUGCAUCCACAGGUGAAGGGGGUCACAGGGCACUUUGUUAUUGAUCUGAUAGCAGGUAAGGGGGAUUGUGUUCAAUUGAAGUUUCUGUCACUGUUGUCAAUCCCCCUGUUUUCGUUUGCCAAGAAGGAAGAAGAUCUGAAGAUGUGGAUUUUUGGGUGGAAGGGAGCAUCUGGGUUUUCAGCUCGUUCCACAGCUGAAGAAGUUACUGACGGAAUCGAUGCAACUGGCCUCACUGCUAUCGUCACAGGAGCAUCAAAUGGAAUUGGGGUGGAGACUGCAAGAGUCCUAGCUAUGCGCGGUGCUCAUGUGUUCAUGGCAGUAAGAAAUGUUGAUGCUGGGAAAAGUGUUAAAGAAGCAAUCCUCAAAGAAAUCCCUACGGCUAAGCUUGACGUUAUGCACUUGGAUCUCAGUUCAUUGGCAUCAGUGAAGAGAUUCGCGUCGGAAUACGUUUCUUCAGGCCUUCCACUGAAUCUGUUGAUUAACAAUGCAGGCUUGAUGUGCCCUUACAUGCUCUCCACUGACAACAUAGAGAUGCAGUUCGCCACCAACCAUGUUGGACAUUUUCUGUUGACACAUCUUCUGUUGGAAAGAAUGAAAUCUACUGCUCGUGAAAGUAAUCAGGAAGGAAGGAUUGUGAAUCUAUCAUCAGAAGGUCAUCGGUUUCUUUACAAGGAAGGGAUUCGUUUCGACAAGAUCAACAACGAAGCAGAGUACAACAAAUUUCUCGCUUAUGGGCAGUCAAAGCUUGCUAACAUUCUUCAUGCUAAUGAGCUUGCGAGGCGCCUUAAGGUCGAUUUCUUAAUCCUUGUUGCCUUCUCUUUCCUGUGUUCUCCAUUCAAGCAGGAGGAAGGAAUCAACAUAACAGCGAACUCACUUCACCCUGGAGCCGUUGCUACAAACUUCUUUCGCAAUCUCGGUGUUAUUGGGGCCAUUACAAAUCUCGCCGGUAAAUAUGUGCUAAAAAAUCUUCCACAGGGAGCUGCAACUACAUGCUAUGCGGCACUGCAUCCACAAAUGAAGGGGGUGACGGGUGAAUACUUGUGCGACAGUAACUUAUACAAACCAAGCCCUCAGGGCAAGGAUGAUGAACUGGCUAAGAAACUCUGGGAUUUCAGCUUAGAUUUGGUCCACCCUUUUUGCUGAAGUGUUUACUUCCCAUGCCUUACAGAAGCUGAUUUAUGUUGAUUUCCCCCCCAGAUUUUGUCUGUUUUCCCCCCUAUCAUUUGGCGUAAUUUAUUCGAAGACGAAAAGAACUGUAGUAAUCAUAAAUGAAAACUCUUAUAGCUGAAAAAUUGCAAGCUAAGCCUUUUGUUACAUUAUCUUUCACAACACCCUAAACAAAUCAAACCACCUUACAUUCAUUUUUCCCUCUUCGGCAGAGCACGAAAUCUGACACACCAACUAAAAUGCUUUAACUCGGACAAACGACAAUGAUGACAACAACGAUGAUAAUCAAAAUAAUUGAUCCACUAGGUAUUUAUCAACUUCAUGCUGAAAUCCCAGAGCUGUUUAGCCAACUCUUCAUCUUGAGCAGGAGCAGUUCCAGUUUCAGAUAUGUUGCUGUUCUUGAAGAAUUCCCCUGAUACCCCUUUCACUUGUGGAUGCAGAGCCACGUAUAUUUGAGUUGCAGCUCCCUGGCUUGAAGUUUUGAGGAGGUACUUGAUAAAGCUGUUGGAGAUGGCAUUAAGAAGGCCAUUGUUGCGUCCAAGAUUAGUAGCGAUCUCACCAGGAUGAAGUGAAUUAGCAGUUAUGUUCGCCCCUUCUUCCUGCACAUCACAUCAAGGAAACACAUAUGUCCUUCAGUUGUAACUUGUAAGUAAGAAUGUCAUUUUCAGCAUUAUCGCUAACGCCAUUUCUAGGGGUCAGCAUGUUUUCCAUGAGCUUAGUUACCUUAAGGCGCCUAGCGAGCUCCUUGGCGUGGAGGAUGUUAGCUACCUUGGACUGUCCAUAAGCCCGGUAGCAGUUGUAUCUGCACAACAUUUGAUUUUGACCAACUUAAUCCACAGAAUUUGGGUAGAAAAAGUGGUAUACAAAAUUUACUCACUCUGCUUCGUUGUUGAUCUUGUCGA